CUUGUGAUGGCACUAGAAUUGACAUGUGAUUUGUGUUUUUCACUAUGUUGAGCAGAAACGGGAAACGGGCUUGUUUUACUGUGAAUGGUUUUGUCUUUGGACAAGACUUCAUUGUGUCACACAUUCAGAAACCAUCUCUGUUGAAUAACAGUGUGAGUAUUUUCAUCAGCAUCCCACAGAAAACUCUUCCUUGGGGUGGUAAUGAAGCACUGUGAGGUCACAGAGGUGUGCCCAUAAGAGCCUUUGUGAUGCUACAGGAGAUCCUGCUGGUGCUUUGUGUGGCUUUAGAGUUGAAGCAGUGCCCCACAAGGAAAGCAGUGCACUUACUGGAUCAUUAUUUUGACAGGCUAAAGAAUCUUAGAAAGCCAGAAAUAUCUACAAAAGGCCGGUAAUGUGGAUGUGGAUGUUUUGGGCUGCCCAGAGAUUAAUUGGAUGCCCAUGAAAGCUAUGUAAACUACAGUUCUGCCAAGCCUCGGAAAUCCUGCGAAAUGGAGGAACUAUAUAAGGACACGCAAAACCUGCCCAUGGAUGUUACUACCUCGCCCUCUGCUAUGGCAAACAACAAGCUAGAGAAUGGAGUUGCCCAGCUGAUAACGGCAGAAGCCUGGAAUAUCAAUUCAGCAGACUUGAUGAAGAAAGCACUUUCGCCGCUGGUAACUGUCCCCACUCCAUCAAUAUUGACACCGCCAGCAGAAUCCCAAAGCGGGGUCGCUCUCAAGGUAGCUGCCACAGUGCUUCAGCCCAUUUGCUUAGGAGACAGCCCCGUGGUUCUCCCAAUACACCUCCAAGUAGCAGGAAGCACAGCCCCUCAGAUUGCUCCGAACGGCAACACUCCCUAUGUCAUGACCACUCAAGGCCCAGUGCCACUGCCUGUCCUCUUAGAGCAACAUGUAUUCCAGCAUUUAAACUCCCCACUGGUGUUACCGCAGAGUUCUCCCUGUGCAGCCAACUCCAUUCACAGCAACCUCUUCCAGGGUUCCUCUGCUCCGUUGGGACAGCCGCAACUGAUGGAUCAGAAACCAUCAAAUGCAGCUCAGGACUCCGUCUUACCUCCUGUGUUUCAGACACCGGGAUUUGCUGCCGUUUUGCAGGAUCUCUUUCCCACACAAGGCGCCUUAGGUCCUUCUUCCUAUCAGACACCCCCAGACUGCUCUUCUGUCCCCCCGCCACAGCCCUUUGGCUCCCCGUUAUCUCCACUGGUUCCGCCAGCCACACUCUUGGUACCAUACCCCGUGAUCGUUCCUCUGCCAGUCCCAGUUCCUAUUCCUAUCCCCAUUCCCAUCCCCGUUCCCCAUGGUGCUGAGUCUAAGGCCAACGUAGACUGCCCGAAACCAGCUGCUUCGUUUGUCUUGCAUUCCUGCAAAGGCACCCAGACUCCCUUGGAGAAAGAAGAAACCAAACCAUUUGAUUUCAUCCACCACAGAGAGUUUUCCCAGCUGAACCGGCACACUGUCAUCAAGAUGAGUAAUGAGAAUGAAGUCCUCGAUCUGUCCAUGAAAACAGCCCCUUUGCUUCAGGAAGGCGAGGACAAUUCCCAGCUCUCACUGGAGGGCGGCGCUUUGGACCUCUCGAUUACUUCCUGUCGGAAGGCUAGCAGCACCGAAGCAAGCAAUAACGGCACCCGCUCUGGAUCCGCGAUGGAUGGCGCUUCUCAUUCUGCAGCGGAUAAGCUUUCCGGCGCAGUUUUGCCCUUUGCUCCUUCCAAACUGCACGAGGCUCCGGCAAAGGUGGAAAGCCGAGUGAUCAGUAGCGGCUCGUCUGAACUCCUGAGACAGCAGUCCAAAUGGCUGGUGGACCAGACCAGUAUAGCACCCUGCGAGCCGCCCACUGGCAAUAACAUUGAGAUUGUGAGCACGUCACAGACGGCCAAAGUGAUCGUCUCUGUCAAAGAUGCGGUGCCUACCGUUUUCUGUGGCAAAAUUAAGGGCCUCUCGGGGGUUUCGACAAAAAACUUUUCCUUCAAAAGGGACAUGCCCCAGGACUCGGCCUUGCAGUGUUACGACGUGAAGAACCAGCCGGAAGCCCGGGAUAAUGCAGAGGCUCUUAGGAAACCUAUAAAAAACAGGAGUGUCAAGUUAAAGAAAAUGAGCUCGCAGGAAAUACACAUUCUUCCAAUCAAAAAGCAGCGGCUCGCGGCCUUUUUUCCAAGAAAGUAAUUUAUGAGGUUUUAGAAUGUUUUAAGGUAUAAUUAUUAUGAAUAAAGAGAUGCACUUCAUUUUAAA